GCAAAUUCCGAUUGGCAUUCGGGAAGCUCUAUUAAUCUCAUUUCACAUAGAGAUUAGAAAAAGAUGACCGCGUGUAUGCAAACUAUUCAUAUCGGUAUUCGUUGUAUGGAUCUAAGGUCAAAUACGUGUAUACAGUGAUCCGGAACUGGCGCAUCACCUGUAAUCCGUCCCAUGUGAACUUCACAAACGUGGAAUGUAUGAAAGGCCACACCCAUCAUAAAAUUGAGGGAACAACAACACAACAGAUUGUCAACGAAGUAAAUUGACUGUCAACCAUGUCGCGUUAUGAUGUUGACAAGUUUAAUCCGACCCCUGACCCCGAUCUUGUGUGCUGCAUCUGUACGUGUAUCCUCGACAAGCCCCUGGUGAGUCCAUGUCAGCACGUGUUCUGUAAGGUGUGCAUCCAGACCUGGCUCGACCGCAAGAAGACGUGUCCCACCUGCCGGACCCGCCUCACCAAGGACGAGCUGCGCCCAGUGCUGCCCCUGGUGAGGAACAUGCUCAACAGACUCACCAUGGUGUGCGACUUCAAAGAGAAUGGCUGUGACCAUGUGCUCAACAUGGAGCAGUUUGACGGACACAUCAGGGAGUGCGAGUUCGAGAUGGUCACGUGCCGGUACGACCGCUGUCUGAAGCGACUCCUCAAGCGAGACAUCCGCAGUCACGAGGACGAAGACUGUGACUUCAAGGAGAUCACCUGCUCCUCGUGUCAACUCGACGUCCCCGUCAAGGAGAUGCACGUACAUGACUGUGUUGUGGCACUGAAGACCUGUUUGAAAGGACUCAAGAAGACUAUAGAGGAACUAAACAAAGUUUUAAAAGCCUCCAAGGAAGAGGUCAGCAACUUGACUAAGAAAUUGGAGGAGCAGAGAUGGCAUGCUCUUGAUGAUUCUUGGGACAGCAGCUCGAGCUGGCAGUCGUGGGACUCUCAUACAGACCUCAGUGGGAGUUACACAUACAGCGACGAUGACCGGUCUAUUAAUGCAGAGGACAACAGUCCGUUCCAACAUCUUCAUCUGUUACCAUCCGCAUCCCCAUCCUUUAUGUUCCAUGCUUCAGAUCCUCUCGGUCUCAACUCCAGCUUCACUCCGACCACUCGGAGCAACACCCUGAAUAGAGAUGUGUUUGAUGUAGGGUUACCCAGCAUUUCUGUGUCGACAAGCACCACUGUGUUACCAAGCUUUACCAAUACCAGAGUGAUGACCAGCCAUUCUCAGGAUGAUACGCUUUCUGCCUCGGAGAACAGUGACAACUCGAACAGACACAGGCGGCGACAGAAUCAACGACUCGUCAGUGAAAGACCACACACGGACACCAGUCAAGGCAGAUCAUUUCUUGACGUGUACACCAGUUUUGGGACAGCUGUGGAAGAAGCAUUUCGUAAUAGUGCCCAGAGUGUGCCACAGUCUCGCCAUCCACAGGAAUCUGUGAAUGAAGCAUGGAAUGCACCAUCCGCACCAAGAGGUACGAUUCUAACCUUUGGGUCUUCUGCUGGAGUUGAACACACCAUAUUUAAAAGUAAUCCAUCGUCACCAGUUGAACACUCUGUUUAUAUAUCACCUUUUAGGGUCCAUCACUCAAGAAGUAGAUCCAGGUCAUCAGAAAGAAGUAGGAACUCGUUGAAUCGACAUUAUUUUAGCAGAUCAUCAGACCGUACGUCAAGGAGACGAUCACGGUCAGAUGAACGCUCUGUUAGUAGCAGAUCAGUAUCAUCAGAAUCUGAUGCCAGAAGUCGAGCAGAGUCAGAUAGGUCAAGAUCGUUGGAACAUUCUUUUCACAGUGGUACAAAGUCGUCGGAAAAUGGUGACAGAAGCAGAUCUAUGUCUUGUAGCACACAGUCAUCAGAUUAUUUUUCCAGAAGCAAAUCAAGGUCAUAUGAACGUUCCACUAGAAGUAGAUCAGAAUCAUAUGAACAUUCAGCUAGAAGUAGAUCAGAGUCAUCUGAACGUUCAGUUAGAAGCAGAUCAAAGAGGUCUGAACGUUCUACAAGAAGCAGAUCUAAGUCAUCUGAACAUUCAUGGUCAAGAUCCUCUCAACAUUCUGUUAGGAGUUGGUUACAAUCUUUGAAGAAUAGGAGCAGGUCACGGUCAUCUGAAUGUAGUGACAAAAGCUUAUCACGGCAAUCGGACACCAGGAGUGGAUCGAGAUUGUCAGAACAUUCAGGCAGAAACAUGUACAGAUCGUCUCAUCGUAGAAGAAGCAGAUCUAGGUCGGAAGAUUCUGACAGGAGAAGGUCAUGGCUAUCUGAAAACUCAAAUCUAUCAGAUAAUACCAGCAACAGAUCACUAUCAUCGAGACUUUCUCAUAGAAAACUGUACCGGUCACAUUAUUCAAGAAGCAGGUCCAGAUCUCAGUAUUCUGGCAGGACCAAGUCAUUGUCAGAAUAUUCCAGUAGGAGCAGGUCUGAGUGUGACAAUUCCAGCAAAUUUAAGUCCAGAUCCUUCCAUUCUGAACAUUCUGCAAAACGUAGAUCUCGUUCUCCAGAUAAACGUAGAAGGAUUUCAAGGACAGUACUCGAUUCAAGUUCAUCAGAAUCCAGUUCCAAUGGUAGCAGACUGUCAUCAAAAUGCUUUAAAAAAAGGUUUAGGUCAGCACUAAGAAGAGAUAGCAGAAACUGGAAAUCUGCAUCUGAUGUUAAGUCAAAUUCCAGUAACAAUUCCAGGUCCGAGAAAAAACCAUACAGGUCUGAGAAACGUGGUUGUAGUUCUUCCUCCUCUGACAACAGCACAGUGGUAGGAUCAAGUCUGUCACCAAAUGUGGGAUCUGGUGGAGCCAGGCAAAAUUUGGAGACUUUAAAAUCUACAAAACAGCAGUCAGUCCUUCCAUUCUUGAAAACUUCUCUUUCAGAAUUGGCAAACUGCCUGUUGAAAAAUUGUCCCAGUUCACAGAAUUCUAACAAGUCUGCAAGGAAAGUUUUGCCUUCUAAUUCAAAGAAAAAAUCUGCUCGAAACGUCACAAAUGUUAUCACUGACACUAACAACAUUUCUGAUAAUGAUUCUGUGAAUACAAAUAGAAACUUGCCAGGAAUUUCUGCUGUUUUAACUACUGCUGGUCUUAUUGAAAAUAGUCAUCCCGCAACAGUAACUUCAACAACAGAACCGUUACACAGUAAUAUAAAUUGUGGAAAAAAAAAAUUCAUUGUUUGCCAAAAAUUCACUAGUUGUGCCAAAAAAUAUUGAACCAGCCAUUAGUAAUCCAAGAAAACAUAAGAAAGGUAUAGAUCAUGAUUUAACUGAAGCAAAAAAAGCGAAAAGAGUGAAAGGGUUAACUAUACAGAAUGAAUGUAACAUUGGUGAUACUAAAAAAGUGAAUGUUGAAAAAAAUCUUUCAUUGUUAAAUUGUUCUGGAGAAUUGCACGCCAAGUCAUCUGCCUCAAGUCUUGAACAAUCAAGUGUUAGUACUGGAAAAUCACGAUCUAUCACUAAGACAAAUUGUCUGCCUUCAUCAACAAAAUGUUCCAGUGAUGUUAAAGGUAAAAAGUCAAACGAAUGUACCCAGAAAACAAAUGAAAGUAAUAAUGCCUUGGACUCCCCAAGCAAUGAAGACCAGACUACCAUGUUAGGAAAUGUGACAAAGCAGGUUUCUAGCAGUACAAAUAGUCCAUCAAAUCUAUCUCGAUCUUAUUCACUGAGGAGGUUUACAAUAGAGAAGGUGUUAGCUCAGUGUUCAGAUAGACCUCCAGAAACUAGCAGAGAAGGUACAAGGAGAUCGUCCCGACGACAAGCAAAACCAUGUAAUUCACGCUGCAGUCCAGCCCUUCCGUCGUACUUCUUGGACGAAGACAGUGACACCUCGUGGACUCCCGAUGGUCUGAACGAGGAGUCCGAUGUAUCUCUGUCAGAUCACGACUCCAGUGGGUCGGAUUCAAGUUACGAGGUUCAGGUACCAAAACCAUUGAUGCAGAUCAUUGAUGAAAUGGUCGACGAUGGCGAGUCUGACAGAAGCUGGACAGCAGAUUCGUAGUUAACAAAAAAUAAUAAAUAAACAUAUAAAAAUUUAAAAACCAGAUACGAGACAAAUUAAAUACCAUUUUGCUGAACAUUUUAACCUAAGUAUGUUCACCUUUUAAAACAUUACUCGAGUCUGUUUGAUAAACGUAGUCAUGUGGUGUAGUCAUGUCGCCCUGUAUAUCUGUCGCCAAAACCGAUUAUUACUGGAAACUAUGAAGACUUGACAUCCAAGAAAACAUUGUACCAUUAUUAAACUAUGAAGACUUGAAAUCAUAGAAAAUGUUAUACGAUUAUUAAAGGUCUCACUAUCUUCAGAUUUAGAAAUUGUGAACUUUGAAUGUGACAUUUUAAGAAAUUUUAUUUAAUGCUUUAUCGUAAAAUUAAAGAAAGUAUUUCAAUUUAUCUGCAAAUAUAUAUUCAUGCAGGGUGGAAUUGUUGGGAGUUGUGGUCCAUGUAAUUUUGAAAGGUACUAGUAGACCUGUUGCAGAAUUUAUCACAGGUUUUUAAUUGAGGAAUAUUUCACUGUUACAGGUUUUGACUUUAGCCCCAGCAGGGGUAGUGAUUCGCAGAUUUAGUUUAGUUUGUCACAUUGGUGAUGACUUGUCUUUAAACACCAAGGAAGUAUAAUAACCAAAUACUCGACCUCUCACAGAUUUAGUUUAGGCUGUCACAUUGGUGAUGGCUUGUCUUUAAACACCAAGGAAGUAUAAUAACCAAAUACUCGACCUCACUGGUGUUCUUGUUAGUUUUGUUCAAAUCUUUGUCAUCUGUGUUAUUUCAUAAAAAUAAUGACCACA